CCCACUAUGAAUCCCUGCGUGCUGCCCACCCCGUUGCCCGACUUGGACGGCGACAAGCGCUGGCACAGCAUACACCGGCGCUUCCUCUCCGACUGCCGCGAAAAGGAUCCCGACGUGAUCUUCCUGGGCGACUGCAUCUUCGAGACGGUCCAGGACAGCGAGGCGUGGAACCAGUACUUCGCCCCGCUGCACUGCCUCAACUUCAGCAUCCGGGACGACUGCACCGAGCACGUACUGUGGCGCAUCGAGAACGGGGCGCUGGACAAUGUGAAUCCCAAGAUCGUCGUUCUCCAUGUGGGCACGAAUAAUGUGAGGAAUACGGCGGACGAGGUGGCCGAAGGAGUGCUGGCGAAUGUCUCGAAGAUCCGCCAGAAGCUGCCCAACGCCUACAUCCUGCUGCCCUCUUUGCUGCCGCGCGGACAACAACCGAAUAAGUUGCGGGAGAAGAAUGCGCAAAUCAAUGAGCUGGUCAAUGGACUCACCCGCGGUCAGUAUCGCGUCCAAACGGUGGCCAUCGACAAGGGACUCGUCCAGAGCGAUGGGAGCAUCAGCCAUCACGACAUGUUCGACUACAAGAACCUCACCAAUGCCGGGGCGAAAAAGAUCCUUGAACCGCUGUACGAUUUGCUGUCUCAAAUUCUCAACGAAAACGAACCUGAAAACGAUCUCACUCCCUCCGAAUGAAAAGGAAUGAUCAGGAAGAGCAGCAGCUAUCAUUAUUAUAUACAUUAUAUACAUACGAUUCCCAGAAUAUAACCCCAAAAACAAAUGUAUUUUUCGAACUCUCAAAAGCAAAAGCUGCGAGACCAUCUCACAAUUAGGCAUAAGUUUUCUUAUCGAUUAGUAAACAACAAUCGCAUAUACCAUUGCAGAAUAACACUAUUUUACACGCAUCUAUUUAUAAGAAUUGGGUAAAAUACAAGUUAUCUUAAAGCAUCUCA